AUGGAGUUUAUUGAGUAUUGCCACGACAACAAGAUCCUCUUGUUUUUAUCUGGAUACCUACAGGACAGCCAGGGGUUGCUUAAUUUGACCAAAGGAGACUUCUUCCCGCUCUUCUGGAGGUCCUGGACCUCUGUAUUCAGGCCUCAACUCAUCAAAAGGUCUUUUGAAGCCACCGGUAUACAGCCAGCCAACCCAGACGUUGUACUCAAGAGGUUUGCCAAGGAGGCUUCAGAUUCUGAAAGCAGCCAGUCAGUCCUCUCCGGAGACGAUUGGCUCAAGCUCAAAUCAAUCGUACGCCGUGAGGUGAAGGAUCAGAGCAGUAAGGACGUCAAGAAGCUUCAACAAAGCUUGUGCCACAUCUUAGCUCAAAACAGUAUACUUCAUGAGGAGAUCAGGGGCCUUAGGCAGUCCCUAGCCAUCAAGGAGAGGCGACCAAAGCAGUCAUUCGCCCUCUAG